UCUGUCCGCAUUUUUUGGUAUAAAGAUUAUAAAAAUUGUGCAUAAUAUCUUAUCACAAUAGAAACAACAAUGAUCUCUACUCUGCCACAAGAAUUGGUAGAAGAGAUACUGUCAAGGGUUCCGGUGAAAUCUCUGAGAAGACUACGAUCUACGUGCAAACGAUGGUACCAUCAAGCAUUAUUCAAAGAUCCAAGAUUCAUCAAGAAGCACUUUGAUAAAACAAGGCAGUACCAUGCUCUCAUGCUGAAUCACAAGGCAUACUCAUUGAGUUCUAUUCUCCAUGGAGCUAACUUCGACGCAGAGACAAUACUUGGUGUAGAUGGACUUAGCCUAGUUGAUCCCCAUGAUAAUGAACUAGUUGAUGUAACUAAAGCCUUUCACUGCGAUGGCAUGUUGCUAUGCACCCACCCCAAGUCAAACAGGCUUGUGGUUUGGAACCCUUUCUCGGGGAAAACAAGAUGGAUCCAACCGCAGAAGCAUUACAAUAGUGCCUAUGCUAUGGGAUACGACAAGAACGAACUGUGCCAUAACUACAAAAUCUUGAGGCUCCCGUGUUACUACGACCACGGGAAACUGGGAUCAUGGAAGAAACUUGAUGCAAAUCUCGAAGGCGACUUAAGAUUUGAAAUCUAUGAGUUUGGCUCUAACUCAUGGAGGAGUGUUGAUGUCAUCACAACACAAGCCUACUUACAACCUGGUGGUGUGUCUUUAAAGGGAGAUACUUAUUGGGUGUUGUCUAAUCAUAAAGGGUUUGACUACUCACUACUCAGUUUUGAUUUUUCAAAAGAAAGAUUGCAACGUCUUUGUGUUCCUACCUCUCAUGAUGAACCAUUUAAUUCUGAUACUAUGGCUCUCUCGGUUGUUAGAGACGAACAUCUUUUGUUGUUAUACCAGAGUAACGAGACAGUGAUGGUGAAUAUAUGGAUAACCGAGGAGAUUGGGCCCACGUUUGUGUCGUGGUGCAUGUUCUUAAAAGUGGAUUUAAAACCUCAUGUCCAUUUUAUUUGGAAUCCCACUAGUUUCUUUAUCAUUGACAUGGAGAAGAAAGUUGUUUUGUGUUGUCAUGGAUCCAGAGAUAUUAGUCAUCGCUCCUGCAUGUUACGGUUGGUUCCUAGUGGCGUAUCACGCUGGUAUUUGCUAACUCGCCCCUGGCAUGUUCCAACAUUGUUCGGUUAUGUUCCAGAAGAGUUAGCAUAGUAGCUUCCUUUGUCAUGUCUUUCAAUUGAUGGAUGAAAAUGUUGUCAUUUCUUUUAAUGUUUCCAUGAUAAUAAAGGUUUAUUGAUUAACAUGUUUUACGAAGAAC